GCGCGCUGCCCUCUGCAGGCAGCCGGCACGGGAGUGGGUGCGGGGCACACGGAGCCCGCCCACGGGCGGGGGGGUACGGCUACCGGCACCGGUUGCUCCCGCGUCUCUCUGACCGGGAAUGGUCCCGGGAAUCCCUGUCCGCGGUGGGCCCUGCACGGGGUGUCCCCUCCGGGCCCCCGGCCCCGGUGUCCCCCUCUAUCCCUGCCCGCGGUAGAUCCCCACGUCCCUGCCCGGGAAUGUCCCCCCACGGCCGUGUCCCGAGUGUCCCCGCCUGGCUCCCUCCCGGGCGGGAGGGGAAACUGAGUCACGGCGGGGGGAAACGGCAGGGGACCGGGGGGGUUAUGGAGCCUCCGCGCCGCCAGGGGGCGCCUGCGAGCAGCCUGCGGCACCGCUCCUCGGCCGCCGGGCGGAAGUGCGUCAUGACGCGCGGCCGUCGGGCGGGCGUUGCCAUGGAGGAGCUGAGCGCGGCGCUGGCGGUUGGCGUGGCCUUAGCGGCGCCCAACAGCCCGGCGGCUCCGCACCCCCGUCUGGCCGCGUACAAGGCCCGCAGCGGUCCGGGGCAGGCCGAACGCCGGCAGCGCCUCCUCCGCCUCCAGAAAGAGAGGCGGCUGGACUACGUGAACCAUGCCAGGAGGCUGGCGGAGGACGACUGGGCAGGGGUGGAGAGCGAUUGCGAGGAGAAGGAGGGGGAAGAUGCAGAGGAAGAGGAGAUGGACGUGGAUGCUGGCAAGAAGCUGCCCAAGCGCUAUGCCAAUCAGCUGAUGCUGUCCGAAUGGCUGGUCGAUGUCCCCUUGGAUCUGGAGCAGGAGUGGGUUGUAGUGGUGUGUCCCGUUGGAAAAAGGGCACUAGUCGUGGCGUCCAGGGGCUCAACAGCGGCUUACACCAAGAGCGGCUUCUGUGUCAACAGGUUCCCAUCCCUGCUGCCGGGUGGGAACCGGCACAAUUCAACCAGCGAGAAAGUGUACUGCAUCUUAGACUGCAUCUACAACGAGGCAAAGCAGACGUACUAUAUCCUGGAUGUGAUGUGCUGGAGAGGACACCCCGUUUAUGACUGCCAGACCGACUUCAGAUUCUUCUGGCUUUUUUCAAAGAUCCAAGAGGAGGAAGGGCUGGGAGAGAAAAGCAGGAUUAAUCCAUUCAAAUUUGUGGGCCUGCAGAACUUCCCCUGCACCCCGGACAGCCUGUGUAAGGUGCUGGCUAUGGACUUCCCCUUCGAGGUUGAUGGCCUUCUCUUUUAUCACAAGCAAACCCACUAUACCCCCGGCAGCACCCCACUGGUGGGCUGGCUCCGACCCUACAUGAUACCCGAAAUCCUCGGGCUCGCCGUGCCCGUUAACGCGCUCACUGCCAAACCGGACUAUGCCGGGCGUCAGCUCCAGCAGAUUAUUGAGAGCAAGAAGAGUAAAAAACUGGCAGCGGAAAAGGGUCACUCGAGCAACGCGGCGGCUGCGAGGAACGGACAUUACGAGCUGGAACACUUGUCUACCCCUCAGCCAGCAAACUCUCCGGAGGGCCGGGAGGAAGCAGGGAGCCAGAUGGAGGAUUAGGCUGCUGGGACAGACCGGUUGCAUAGAAGCAACUGGCCCGGGGGAAGAGGACAAACACCUGGACUGCCUUGUCCUCCUCGUUCCGGCCGCAGGUUCCCCCUACGCUUCGGCCUCACGGCGGAGGACAGCAAAGAAGGCCCCAGAGACCGCAUCCAGCCUCCCAUCAGCGUAGUUUUCCUUCGUCAGGCAAUUAAACCCGGAGGUGGGCAUCUGGAUGUAAGAUUUGUGCAUCCCUUAGGGCAGAGAAAGCCGCAGCUCAGGUUACCACCUCCCUGCUGCCCUGCAGCAACCUUCCAGGGUCCUCCGGCCAGGGGAAGGGAGUGGGCAGGAGGAAAAAAAUACAGCUGCUUGCUCUGAUCGAUGGAGGAGAGCAAGAGGGGAAGCAACUGUAGCUUUCCGUCAGCUCCAGAUGAUGCUGCAUAGUUUCCCUUUUAAAAGCAUGAGCUGGGCUGGAGAAAUAAAUAUUUGCGUUACAAUUCCUGUUGGAAACCAAAGGCUGUGUUUGGAGAGAGGGUGUUAAAUGGAAGUCACCGGGGCCAAGGCAGUUUGUUGCUGUGACUAUUUUAUUUGCUGGGUGCGAUCCCACUCCCAGAUGUUCCCUGCCCUGUUCCCGACUGGAACAGGCUGCAGCUUCGGCAGUAACCGAGGAGGGGGGGUCGAUUUUAGCUUGGGGCAGGGGAGCUGAGCAGGCAGCUCAACCUGGAGCUCUCGAGGCCGGCCGGCCGGCCAACCCUCGAGCCGGCAUCCAGCUCCCUCUGCCCUUUCUUCCAUUUUCUCCGAGUUAGGUGCAAAGGCUCUGGCUGCGGGCACGUUGCCAACGCAGUCCUCCUCAGCUGAACAAAAUGUCCCCCUGUCCCGGGGCCCGGCUGGUCGCUGGGGCCGCUGCUGUGCGGGGUCCUUAUCCCCAGGAUGCCCCAGCUCCUUUCCCGGCGGCGUGAUCGGGGUUUUCCAUCCGGGAUCUGACACCUGUGCCCAGCCGGGGAACGCAAUUUAGGGAUUGCAGAGGAGGGAGAGCGAAGAAACGGAUGGAAAUCCCGGACGCCUGUUUGCGUAGCGGGAAGCCGCCCGCCUGCUCCUCCUGCCCGCGGGGGAAGGCUCAAGUACCGGCAAGGGAGGACGCCGCUGCCGGGAAGGGCUGGCGGGAGAGGCGAGGCUUGCUCCGGGGAGCCGAUCCGCGGGGCAGGCUGACUGCUCCCAUCCUGGGGUCGCUGCUCGCACAGUUUGGGGGUACAGCGCGUGUCCGGAAUUAAAAAA